AUGUUUCUAACUAGGACGGAGUAUGAUCGUGGAGUUAAUACGUUUUCCCCUGAGGGACGACUCUUUCAAGUAGAAUACGCGAUAGAAGCUACAAAGCUGGGUUCAACGGGAAUCGGAAUCAAGACAAGUGAGGGUGUUGUUAUGGCUGUAGAAAAACGGGUGAACUCAACUUUAAUUAUACCGUCCAGUAUUGAGAAGAUUUUUGAGGUGGAUAAACACAUAGCAUGCGCAGUUAGUGGCCUUGUUGCUGAUGCAAGAACCCUCAUAGAACGUGCACGUACAGAAGCAGCUCAUCAUUGGUUCGUGUACAAUGAGAAAAUGACUAUUGAAGAUGUGACUAAAGCAGUGAGUAACUUGGCUCUAGCAUUUGGUGAUGAUGACAUGGAGUCUGGUGCAAUGAGUCGUCCAUUUGGUGUUGCUUUAUUAUUUGCUGGAGUUGAUGAACGUGGUCCACAAUUAUAUCAUAUGGAUCCAAGUGGAACUUAUAUUCGAUAUGAGGCUAAAGCAAUUGGUUCCGGUUCUGAAGGUGCACAACAAGCAUUACAAGAAAUAUAUCAUAAGAAUAUGACAUUACAUGAAGGAUGUAAACAUGCUUUAUCAAUUUUAAAACAAGUUAUGGAAGAAAAACUUGAUUCAACCAAUGUAGAAGUAAGCUUAUAUUACUUUUGAUUGUGUUUAUUAUUAUUUUAAUUAUUUAUUCAAAGAAAUCAGUCAGUAUACAACUUGGUAACUAGUUUAGACUGUUAUAUAAUCUCACUUUGUGUCAUAUUUUAUAUUUGAACUAAAGUAGAUGAUUCAAUGAGGUUAGAAAUUGUAACCUAGAAUGGUUAAAUGUAAAAUUCUUCCACUGUUAAAUCAAUAAUCUAGUCUAGUUAAAUCAUAUUAGUUUUUUAUUCAAUAUAGUCAGUUAACGCCCUGGUACAGCCCCCAAACGCCCUGGUACGGCCGAGAGUGGGGAGAGUCCGCUCUCCCUCUCGAAAUGCUCUCACAUGGCC